AUGAGUGAACCAACAGUCAACUUUAGUGUCCAAACGCGGCAGGUCCAGUUUGCGGUGCCUUCAGAGUUGAUCAAGAAGAAUUUCAAGACGAUCCAGAAACUUGUGGAGAAGCUGAGGAAACAGGUGACUGAAGAGAUAAGUGCCAUCAAGAAGAAUCCAGGUUUGACCAAAGAGCAAAAGCUUGCUACGGUUCGGAAACUAAUAAGGAACUUUGAGACCUACCAGAAGAAACUCAAACUGGCUAUCCAAACGGACGAGGACUAUAGAGAGCGCUUGACCACCCGAGCUAAGCAUUUGAGCGAAUUGAAGAACUUUACGCUUGAUAACCAUUCUUCAGGAAACGAGGAUAAGCAUAUUGAUGAAGAUGAUAAACUACUUGACUUGCAUAGCGAAAAGCUCAUAAAUUGGUACAGAGGAGAGACAAACCUCUUGAUCAUUGAUUACUUAUUGAAGUCCAAUACUAGAAAGGAUAAGAAUUUGGGCAGCGAGCUUAUGAAAAGCUUGGCUCCGACAUUUGAAUAUGAUAUUACGAAAUUGGUUGACCAUGACGUCUAUGAGAGCUUUAACAAGGUCUUCUUGUCAAUCAAUAUAGAUCAUGAUUUGGACCUAAUCGCUGCUUGGUACAACGACAACAAGAAUGCAUUAAAGAAAUUGAGCUCCAAUCUUCAGUUUGAAAUCCACUAUUGCAAGUACUUGUCAAUGAUCGAAAGCGGACAAGCACCUGAGGCAAUCUCCUACUGUAAGGCAUACCUUGCGCCAUAUGGAAACAUCAAGAACUACCUGGAAGAUGACCUAAUCAACUUUGAAAAGAAUCAUAAACGUUUAACAGAGGUGGGUGCUCCACUCGUCUACGUUUCGAUGUGCCUUGACUCCUUCCUGGGCGCCUCGUAUGAACCCGACCGGGAGUUGUCAGCAAGAUACGCAAAGUACAACGCAGUAAUGUCUGAAGAGCGCUGGCGAGGUUUAUCGAAAUGUUUUACAGAGGACUUCACGAAGAUCUACGGCAUCCCUAAGACUUAUCCUUUGUUGGUUCUUUUAUCGGCUGGUCUCUCAAGUCUCAAGACCAAAUCAUGUUAUUGCAAUGACGAAAACACAAUUUUCAAAACGCACAAACAAGAGGUACUAGAAGUAAGCAGCUGGCGUGACUUAUCACUUCGAGGACCUAACUACUACUACAAGCUUUUAAAGAAGAUCAACCAAUGUCCGGUUUGUUCACCUGAGCUAUUCCAUCUAAGUCUGAACCUUCCAUAUGCACAGUUACUUACAAGCAUUUUGAACAACCCAUUCAAGCUCCCUAAUGGUAAUAUCUAUCCGUUUGAAAAGUUGCUCAGUCCAUCCAAGAAGAUGGUAGCGAUGACCGGUACACUUGCACUAGAUAUUCCUGAUUGA